AUGCCUAUGACGUGUUGUGUCGAAAAAUGCUCUAGUCGUGGUAAUCGAAAAGCCAACAGCCCAGGAAAAUUGCAUUUUUUCGGAUUUCCUUCUGAUGAGGUGAAAAAGCAAAUGUGGGUUAAAGCUAUUAAAAGAGAGAACUUUGUUCCUACUCGUUAUAGCAAAAUUUGUAGCAAACACUUUACUAACAACGACUUUUACCAAGGGUACUUUAGAAAGUUUGAUUGA